AGACAUCAUCAGGCACACUCUCGCUAGUGAUCAUUGGAAGAACAUUCCAAAAAUUCCCAUAAACUAAAAAAUAAAUCCAUAAAAUAAAAAUACAAAAAUUAAUUCCCGUCCCGUUACUCACAAUGAACUUACAAAGAUUCUGUUGUUUAUUAUUUCUCGUUGCAACAGUAGAAUCACGAUGGCUGCUGGACAGAAUCUGUGACUACGAUUUAACCGAUCCCCACGGCUUGAUAACAUCUCCAAAUUACCCUCACAGUUACCCAUCAUCAGUUAUCUGUACUUACAAAAUAAUUCAGCCCCGCGAAAGAGCCAUAUCCUUGAGUAUCUCGCACGUUGACCUGGGAUGGAAUGACACCGACAGCUGCAGUGGACGUCUGGAGGUGUACGACGGAGAUGAUGACGUUGCCCGUCGGCUGGACGUAUUCUGUGGCACUGAUUAUUUCAUUCCAUCGCGUGUCAUUAAUUCCACAGCAAACGUUCUAUUCCUGAAGCUCGAGAGUUACUCCUCAUCGGGGGGAAACGUGGGCUUCCAGGCGCUCUACAAGACAACGGAUCUCCAGUGCGGUGGGCUCUUCAAGGAGAACAAUGGAACUGUCCGGCAUCCGACUCGUAGUGCUACGUACAAAAACAAUGAGAAUUGCGACUGGGUCAUCCAGGCACCACCGGGACACAUCAUCAGGCUGAAGUUCACUGGCUUUCAAACCGAAGCGACUCAUGAUUGGGUCAAGAUCAGCGAAUUUCACGAGGGUCGGAUCGUUGAUCUGGUGACGCUUAGUGGAGCCUCACUACCUUCGGCGACGAUAGCCACGCGGGGAAGAAUAAUGUAUCUCCACUUCAGGAGUGAUGGCAGCAACGUUUACUCAGGAUUCAGGGCGAACUACACGUUCAUUGACUCGUUGGGACUCAACUCACAAGUGUAAAUGCAAGUCAAUGAUUGCGUAUAAUGACAUGAAUGCAGUUGUUGCAAAUCCGUCACCAAAUUUGUUCGAAUGAAGCAAAUAAUUAAAAUUUGAUUGGAGGGAAUUCCACGAAAAAUUAUGAGGAAAAUAAAUUAUACAGAAAAAUCGAAA